ACUUCUGGGUCACGUGACCCUACAUCCGCUCGGUCUGUGACUGACUGUUGCUGUCCGGCAACUAUGACAACGAACUUUGAGAAGUUGGAUCAAUGGCUUCAAUGAAGAAGAGGUUUUCCUCCGCCGCGGUGCGGCACAAGUCUCUGACAUGCUCCGUCCAGCUGGACAUUCAGACGGUCACGUGUCCAGGAGUGCUCCUGACCAAAACCAACGACAUCUACCUCAGUGUUUGUGUCAUGGGCCAGUACAGGAAGACCCCCUGUUUGCCGCCUGUGUUCCCUUUACUCUUCCACCAUAAAAUGUAUUUCGUCAAGACUUUCCCUGAUGUUGUUGACCCUGCUGAUGUAGCUGACCUCCUGGAAGCUGACACAACAUCUUUUGAGCUGAUUCAGUCGGUGCCUCCAGAGGGUGAAGUCCUUGCCACAAUGGAGGACAGCAGCAGAGAUUUCCUGUACCCUGGUCCCAGACUGGGUUCCAGAGAAGGAGCUGUAGAGAGAGACCUACUGAUGAAGAGAUCACCCUCCUUUCCUGGAAUCUCCCCCAAAGUGGAGUUUGCCACGACAUCAGUCAUAGAAGAGAGUGAUGGGAGAGACAGCUUCCCUGCCUCACCUACUUGCUGUCUUUCUCCAGUGAGGCCAUCUUUAACCCCAUCCAGACAGAGUUCAGCAAAAAAGUCCUCGCCAUCUGGUGUGAAUGUUUCCAAAUUGGAUGAUGCAAAACGUGUCUCCUGGAAAGGUGGGAAGGAAAGGUUCAAAGUUGAGGCUAGAAUUACAAACUCUGGCCCGUCCUCAACACCCACAUCUGGCCGAAGUCUCCAGAAAGACAAGACGGAAAGAAAACCCGCUUCUCCAGGAGUUGUAGUGGAGGCUGGCUACCAGCAGCCCACCGUGACCUCGAGGACACGUGCCUUGUCCCCUUACACCCACCGCAAGAUGUGCCAGCUUUCAGAGGACACCAGGCAAAGGCUCGCCCACCUCCAGCUGGGCCCUCACCACUUCAGGAAGGAGUCCGAGAGCCAGCCGCCCUUCCUGGUCCCUCGUUGCAGUCGUGCCUCUGUGAGGGGAAGUCCUUCCUUUGCUGAUGGUCGUAUCCAUCGACGGUCCGUCAGCUUCACAGCUGAUCACACAGAUUCUUCUCUCCAAGGGAGUUGCAGACCAAGAGCAGCCACAGUGCAGUCAGGAUCUGUGAGGGCCCCGUUGUCUCCAGAGACGCAGUCCAGACUUGAGGCCGGGACCAGAAGCCCUGCGAGAAGUGCCGCCUUCGCUCGGUCCACACCGACUGUGUCAAACUCCAGAAGGCCUCUGAAUCUGAGCCACUCCCUCAGAGAAAGGCUCCAGACCAGUCAGCCCAGUCCCUCCUACUGGGAGAUCCACAGCAGAGUGGAGAGUAUUCUGCAGACACACAAAACCACCUAGGACCGCCGACCUUUCACUUCCUAAACCUGCUGAUUCUUAACGUAACAACUCUAUCAGUCAGUGAGUCAAGACAUCUCACACACUCACAGAUGCGUCUUCGUUUAUCUCCCCUUGACGUUCAGUUAAAAUUCAAACCCUCCAAAGCACCUGCUGCGCUGCACUUGUCUUUGUUUCUCUCUCUGAAAAGGAAGUCAAUUAGCAGGGGUUACAUUUAAAAGCAUAGCAGCACUGCUUUCCAACCACCCAUCAGCUGGGUACGUUUUAUUUAAACAUUCCAAAGGUAAAACCAAACAAAGACAUUGUCAAAUUUCUCUAAAGGUGUGGGUGUGUGUGUGCGCGCGGUGAAUGUAAGCUGCAGCUGUUACAGCAGCUACAAGAGACUGAAGAAGAGGAAUAAGAGUUCUCCUGAAUGGAAGAGAAGCAGACACAAAGAAAUGUAGCCUCAUCAUAAAUUGAGAUUCAUAGUGAACAUUGAAAGUGUUUAUCUGCUCUUCAUAAUGAACGUGUCACCACGUGAGUUUGAUUCAUUCAUCAGUGCUAAUAAAUGCCGCAUUAUGUGCCGUUUUCACCAACACCACCUGUAAACCCGCAGAGUAUUCAAAUCUGAAGGAUACUGAACAUUCUGCAGGAGGGAAUAGGCAACAGUAAAUCAGUUUUGGGCUUUCUUUGAAGCAGUACAUUAUGUUAACGUGCAGCCAGGAUCUAAACAAUGGUAGAACGAAAUCCUUUUGACUAUGAAUCUGUAAGUUUGUUUAUAACAGGCCCAUAUGGAAAUAUUCCAUUUUAAAUAUGACAGUAUUACAUUGCAAGUUAGAUCAAUUGAGUUAGUUUUAUUAGCAGUAGUGAUGCAUUUUCAUACAUUGAAAUGGUUGUGAUGGACCAUCUAGCUACUAAAGGUAAAGUAAUCCCAAAAAAAAAAAAAAGAUCCAGCCCAGCAAACUAUUUUCCUCUGAAAGUAGCGAGCAGCAUGAGCUCCAAGAAUUUAAGACAUCAAAAAUGUUUUGAAGUUUACCAUCCCUGCUUUUAAUAGUUAAUUCACAUUAGGUCAUGUGUGAAUGUGCUGCUCUCCCUUUGUGGGACCAUGACCGUCAGCGUGCUGCUUAUAGUUCAGCCAAAUUGUGUCCGGCAUAUUAUGCUUUUCUUAAGGGUUUGCCUUGCUUUAGUAAUUUAUUUCAAGGACAUGUUUCUUUUUUGCAUAAUUACCAAAAAAAACCUAACAAAAACAGAGCCAUAGAUUUUUUGGGAUGUGUUGUAACCUCAAUAUAUAUUUAAAUUAUCACCCGACAGUUUGUUUUGCUCAUUAAUGGUGAUUUUUUUGAUUUUUUAUAAUCAUACAAGACAUGUUACAUGCCUAUUUUUUUUUUAGGAUAGUUGAUUAUACAAAAACCUUUACAAACAUUGGUGCCAGUCAUCAAAAGAAUAAUAUUUUAAUGUUCAUAUGAUGCACAUAUAUUUAGAAGACUAUGAUUACUCUGCAGCAGAAUGGAAUAAUAAGUU